GGCACAACAAAUACUAGGCCAUCAACAUCAUACGAACAUGGAGAGCCCACAUGAGCAUCAGCAGAACCUGCUGCUGUCGCGCAUCAUCGGCAAUGUUGAGAAACUGAACGAGGCCAUUGUCGUCAUGAACAAGUCACUACAGGACAUCAAUAUUCAAAACAUGAACGUCGAGCUGGUGGCCCAGAUGUUCAAGAACUACCAGUCUAAUGUUCUUUUCCAUCUUGAGGCGACGGACAAUCUCAAGCCUCCCUCUUGAGAUACUCGCGAACACGUGUGUUUAGCGAAGCAUUUGUCUUUGGAAAGGGCAGCUAAGUGCCGACCAACCACAAAUUCGUAAAAUUGCGAUUGCGAAUAAGAUAUCCAUUCACCGACGAUUGCUGCGAUU